AUGUUGCGUGAAAAUGAUAAUCGUUCGAUAAUUAUGGCUAUGUUUUUGGUGCAGACUGAUGACGAGAAUGCGAUGAAACUGUCGAAUGAGGCAAAAUCGCGCUCGAACUCGCCACCUAAAGAACUGCAUGCCUUAAGUCCAUGCCUGAAUUUAUCACUGACCACCGCAUCGUUACCGAGCACCAGUGAAGGUUCGAAUUGUUUUCCUGUACAAAUCAGCGCAGAGACAGGUGAAGUGGUGGAAGAUGAAUGCUGUGAUGUAAUGAAUUGUUGUUCUUCGGAUCUAAUGGCUGCAACGAGUAGUGAGAUAAUACCGGUGGCAUUUGAUCAAACAUCAUGUUCGAAACGGUUAGGAAUCACAACCAGUACGGGUCGUAAGAAUCGCAGUAGUAACUAUAGUCAAUCUUAUCCAAAAGAAUCUUCCCCGUCAUCAUCGAUAACACCAACUGAUAAAGCUGGUAUUAACAUCAGCAGUAAUUUUCCUCUGCCUUCUCAGUCAUCAACGAUUGAUCAUUAUCAAACCGUCGAUAAAUCGGGUGAUCUUGAUGGUAGCAAUUCCUCGCUGAUUAUGAAUAAUGCUCUCACGAAGUUAGUUAUUUACUAUUGUUGUUACUAUUAUUAUUAA